AUUAUAUUAUAUUUAUAAUUAAUUAAAAUUAUUUAUAUGGGUCCGGCGUCGGUCUCUCAAUAAGGUCAAGGUUGCAGGCAACAGGCAGGAGGGAGAGGACUGAGGCAGUGGCUGACUGGCUGGGGAUGCCGAUGAUGGAGUCGUCGAGGAUUUGACCUUCCCUUUAUUCAUAUUCAUCUUCAUCUUCUUCUUCAUCUUCGUAUCCUACAACAGCUCCACAGAAAAGAAAAGGAGAGGUCUUGAACGAUGCCCGGAAGGUCUGAAAAUAUAGAUCAGCAGCUAGAACAAGGUCGGCAGAUCAGGUUUCACCCCUCCGGAUGCUCCCAGCCUUCGUGGGGAAACAACAUUUCUUUCACCAAUGGAGCUUCAAAGUGGACCUCAAUGUCUGAACAACUCCAGAUGAAUUCUCCGAUGGAGCUCGUUGGUCACACAGUUGUUCUAACUUCGUCUCUCUAUUCAGAUCGGCAAUAUGGAGGUCUACUGAGUUCUUCUGGAGCAGGAACUAUGGUCCCACAGUUAUAUGGAGUGCAGCAUGCUAGAAUACCAUUGCCCUUUGAAAUGGAGGAAGAACCUGUCUAUGUAAACCCCAAGCAGUAUCAUGGUAUAUUGCGGCGGAGGCAAUCUCGUGCUAAGGCUGAGCUUGAGCAGAAGGUCAUGAAAGUUAGAAAGCCAUAUCUCCAUGAGUCUCGGCACCGGCAUGCUAUGAGAAGGCCAAGGGGUUCGGGGGGCCGUUUUCUUAACACUAAGAAGCUUGAUAGUGAUGGAUCCCCUGUCUCAUCUGAAAAGGGCAUGAACUCCACUACUAACGACAAUGUUGGCAAGAAGGCAAAUGUGCCGCCAGCUAAGAGGGGGUCCCCAUGGGACCCCCAGUAAGUGACAUCUCUGGAGAUGUGGGUCCUAGCCCAUCGCCUCAGUUGAACGCCUAGCUCAUGGGCUGGCUCUCUUCAGCAGGCAAAGUUGAGAGGAAGGUUUAUCUCUGCUCUGAGGUUGGGGCGACCCUUAAAGCAUUCCCCAUCAGAGGUCAUUCUCCGGCAACUCAUUCUUGGCUUUGGUUACUUGCAACUCAGUAUGAUGAUGGAUGAGGGUUCACACUGAGUUGGUUUUGUUCAUUAUCUGUUUGAAGUAUCUUUUAAUCUAAAAUGUGUCUGGUGAAAAAAAUGACUUUGGCUUGUGCUUGUGCUUGUGAAAAUUAUUCCGGCAAGGAGUGUUUUUCUGGUGUUCGUUAGGAGUCAUGGGAAACCUUGAUUAAAGCGUUGUUUCAUGUGAACUAGUCUCUCGGGAUUUGCUUCCUUACUUUGUACUCUGGGUUUUGCCCUCAUUGCAAACCAUUUUCCAGUAAUUCUGUUA